UAGCGUUACAGCGUUACAAUGAAUGUACUAUAUUUGUAGACCUGUGCCCAGGAAGUGCGACACAGUAACAGAAGAUUAUGUGAGAAGAACGGGACUAAUAAACGUACAUUAAAAGGAUGCCAUUCAACAUCAGUAUGAAUCUACCUUCUCCAGGAGCACCUGAAGAGCCUUAAUAAACAUUCAGCACUGUGGACACAAUAUACAAGCCAAGAAUAGAUCACUUCAGAGACAAGCCUGACAGAGCCCCAUGUCCUUUUUUUUCAUAUGGUGGCUGUAAACAUAUGACUCUAUUUCCCCAGUUGACAGACCUCCCACACCUAACUUCCUUCUGUGCCACAGAACCAUCAGAGUGCCCCUUAGAGGGGCAAUGCCAGUCUUGCUUAAUGCCGAUGCCUCUUUCAGCUCCAAGCAGGAGCUCCUGGACCUGCAGGACUGCCCUCCCACUGGGUAUCUCUCUCUGGAUACCCCCAGCCCUGUGGACUCCCAGACAAGCAGCCCCAUAGGCUCAGGUCCCAGAUGCCCUGGCAGCCCCGGGGCUGAUGGCCCCAUUCGGCCCUACAUUUUCACUGUGGCUUCCACACUCCCCAGGCAGAUAUAUGGGGUAGAAACAAGAUCCCAUGCAGAGACUGCCUUGGGGUUAAAGCUGAUCUCGACUGAGCCAGAUCAGUUAUGUGGCUGGGGGGCUUUGACACCGAAAGCUGUCCAGGUUUUCAACACCCCUCGUUGGGUGCUGUUCUUCCUGUGCGUGGCCUCUUUCCUCCAGGGAAUGAUAGUUAACGGCUUCAUUAACACAGUGGUCACCUCCAUUGAAAGGCGUUUUGAUCUGCGUAGCUACCAAGCCGGACUCAUCGCCAGCUCCUAUGACAUAGCUGCCUGCGUCUGCCUGGCCUUUGUCAGUUACUUCGGCGGCACAGGUCACAAGCCUCGCUGGCUGGGAUGGGGGGUGCUAAUCAUGGCACUGGGUUCUCUCGUGUUUGCCUUGCCCCACUUCAUCACACCCCUCUACCAAGUCAGUCUGCCUGAGCGAACGGGAAUGUGCUCUGCCAACCGUACCAGCCCGUGCCAGGACAAGGAGGGUGGAGGCUUAUCCAACUAUCGUUUUGUCUUCAUGCUGGGACAGCUUCUACAUGGCGUGGGUGCUACUCCUCUAUACACAUUAGGGGUUACAUACCUGGAUGAGAACGUCAAGUCCAACUAUGCGCCCGUUUAUAUUGGGAUCUUCUACACUGCAGCCAUUGUGGGUCCAGCAGCAGGCUACCUGCUGGGAGGAUACUUCCUGAACAUUUACACCGAGAUUCACCUGUCGACAGAAAUGACUCCAGAGAACCCUCUGUGGGUUGGAGUUUGGUGGAUUGGCUUCCUCGCAGGAGGAGCAGCUGCUCUACUCGUAGCAUUCCCCAUCCUUGGGUACCCACGACAGCUCCCAGGCUCUCAGGAGUAUGUGGCCAUGCGAGUGUCUGAAGCCCACCAGCUUAAGGAUGGAAGCCACACCACAGCCUCAGACCCUCAGUUUGGCAAAUCAGUCAAAGACAUGCCAAGGUCUGUUCUGCUUCUCUUAAAGAAUCCAACGUUCCUGUUUCUGUGCUUGGCUGGAGCUACCGAGGCCACCCUCAUUGCUGGCAUGUCCACCUUUGGUCCAAAGUUCUUGGAGUCACAGUUCAGUCUCAGUGCAUCAGAGGCUGCCACAUGGUUUGGAUACAUGGUGGUACCAGCAGGAGGUGGCGGCACAUUCCUGGGUGGCUACAUCGUGAAGAGAAUGAACCUGCGCUGUCGAGGCAUCAUCCGUUUCUGCAUGAUGUGUGCAAUGGUCAGUCUAGUCUCCAUCUUCAUCUUUUUCGUCCACUGCCCCAACAUUCCCAUGGCUGGUGUCACAGCUCCGUACCAGUCUGAUCUACUGGAGGAACACCAACAGGACCAGUACAAACACCUGUAUGACAAGCCCAGUGAGCUGCGCCUUAGAAACAGCUCAUCUUUAGAGGAGAACCUGACAGUGGGCUGUAAUGCAGAGUGCAGUUGUGUCAGAGAGCUAUAUAACCCAGUAUGUGGGGCAGAUGGUGUGAUGUAUUACUCCCCCUGCCACGCUGGCUGCAACGCCAUCAAUCAUACCGAACGCUCCACUGGCAAACAGGUUUACUCUGGGUGUAGCUGUGUGGUGGGUAAUGUGUCCUGGGGCGAAAAAGGCUUUGCUCUGGCGGGGAAGUGUGGCACAUGCCCCUUCCUCUCCUUCCUCUUCAUCAUCAUCUUCUUCACCUUCCUCUGUAGCAUCCCGGCGCUCACCGCCACACUCAGGUGUGUGCCAGACAGCCAGAGAUCCUUUGGGCUUGGCAUCCAGUGGAUUGUGGUGCGCACACUUGGUGGUAUUCCAGGACCCAUAGCAUUUGGCUCUGUGAUCGACAUCUCCUGCCUACUCUGGCAGGAUCGGUGUGGCGAGCAGGGCUCCUGCUACCUCUAUCACAACUCAACCAUGAGUCAGUACACACUAGUGGCUGGCAUCAUUUAUAAGGUUUUGGGGGCAGUAUUUUUUCUGUUAGCCACCGUCCUGUACCAGCCUCCUCCUGAGUCGCCUCAGAGCAGCUGUGAGAGCACCGACCAGGGUGCAGGAGAUGUAAGCGACCUGCCUGUCAAAGACCUGCCUGAAGACGGUGUCAUCGUCAACAAGCAUGCCAGGUUAUGAUGUCUGAGAUUUCACACUAUGUGCGUGUGUAGGUGCUGCAUAAAGCACCAUGUGUAACUGUGUGUGUGCGUGUGUGCUAAAGUGGGAGGGUACUUCCUUUAUGCCAACAGCCUUCUCUUAGCCAUAAUGACACAGCAUCUUAACAUAUGCAUAUACAUAAAGACAUGUAAUCACAUGAAUAAAAAAAAUAACACACACACACAGCUUUACAUGAUGUACAAGAUGAGUUCUAACAUGUUGCUUUCUGCAUCAUGUGACUGCGUGUGUGUGUGUGUGUGUGUGUACUGUAUGAUUGACAGGCUGGUGCCGCACAGGUUUUAUCUACUAAGAAGCAUUCUGCAGAUUUCACAAAACCUUUUUAAAAUGAGUUCAAAUCACUUUCUAGAAUGUGAGUCUGAUGACAUUUCUGUACAUGCCAUUUUUCUUCAGAAGACAAUGAAACAGCUACAUGUCAUAUGCCAUGUGGAUGAGGCAUUUAUGACGAGGCAUUUACUGUGUAACCAUCUUCUCCCUCUGUUCUGUCCCCAGGAAAAUAGUGAGACCUUAUUUUCUACCCACAGAAAAAGCCAUGUUCUUAUAUACUGUAAAAUUGUCUAAGUCAGUAAUAAUGAAGCCAAAUCAUUUGCAUAUCCUGUCAUAUUUUGAGCCAAGAUCUAAAGGACUUAUACAGUAUAAUGUGAACAUAACAUUUGUCACACUACAGCAGCACAAAUAUAUUUGCAAUUAGAGAAGCACGUGCAUCUUUGGACACAUGAACAAGAGAUCAAUGACCUAUUGAUAUUUAAAAGCAGUACCACAAAAAAAGGAGACCACAAUGCAUUUGUGAUCUACAUGAAAUACAUCUGUAUUGUUGACUGUUUUCAUUACAGUUUGCCAGGGUGUAGUAGAAAGCUUUGGUGCUUCUCUCCUAUAGAAAUAACUGCACAAACAAAAGCACUUAGAAGUCUGGAAAGUGUGUGUGUGUGUGAACACAAUAAAGGCCUGGUCACAUCAGCAUUUAAAGGAUUAUUGCGUCAAGUUCAAUUUUUAAUUUUGAUACCUCAAUUCACAGCUUCACCAAUUCAAGCUGACUUGGCAGCUGACCUUUGUGUGGGGAAAGUGUAAAAUGGAGGACACUAUCGUAGCUUGUUUGCUACAUUGCACCAUCCACUUCUACGUAUGUCCUGUUAGACACCUCGGCUCUCCAGCUGUCCCUUCUGUCAACACUGUUAAACUGGCCUAAAGAGCCUAAGUGAAAGCAGAACUUCCAGGUUCUGUUCCAGAAGUUGGAACUCCCAUUGACAUGACGCUAAUAACUAAUCCUUGGAACUAAGCCUUUCUCAACAGUAUGUUGUGCAGCUCACCACAGAAUUUUAAGUAAGAAUGAGAUUUUUUUUUUUAUUACUAUUUUAAUUUCCUGUAAGCCUUAGAAGCUCUCAGUCGUAUAACCUGGUGUGACUGUGCCUUUCAAACGGGAUAUGUAGCUUAUAAGUUGCCAAGGGUAAUACGCAAUUGGCAUGACAUGCAAACCAACAAAUCAGGACUGUUAUUUGGGCCUGAUUAUCACAGUACAAAAGUGCCAAAGCAGCUUUGCCUACUUUUACUUUUUAUUAUUGACCUUAUUUAUGCAAAUAAUUUAUUUAUUAUAUUUCAGCACUUGUAUUAGUGUUGCAUUGAGUGGGCAAUGAUAAAAAUGAUGCUACCUUGGCUUUCCUCCUGCUGCCCUUUGUCUACAAAAACCUCUCCUCUUGUCUGUUGUUCAUGUGAUAGUGAAACACAAGCUGACAACUGUAUGUUGCCUGUGUUGUUGUCAUGUACUACUGUUAGCAACCCCCUGCUGUCGUUGGGGAGUUUGAGGUCCAUGUGAAAGUGCUCCUAAUUGUACUUUGAUGCUCAAGCUUUGACGAAGCACUGUAAUUUUUUUAAAUUCUUUUUUAUUUUGUCUUUGGUACUGUAUGUGUUCUAAAGAAAGGAAACCGAGGACUUGAAAUCAAUGAUCUUUUUAUGAAAUGAUUUGAAGAUGUCAAGCGUUUUCUAAUUACACAAA